AUGAUACUAAUAUAUAUUCAAAAUGAUACUGAAACAGAUGUUCAAAUUGAAGGUUAUUAUUUAGAUGACGACAAUCCAGAUGAUUAUCAUUUUAUAACAUCAAAAGAAACCUUCCAAAGGAUGAAAAUAUUUGACAAGAUUGAUCCAACGAAAAAGAAUAAUUAUUUUCAUAUUACGAUUAAUAAUAAACCAAAGUAUUUACGUAAACAAACGGCAGCACGCCUUUUAACUAAUAGUAAAAAUUGUUUAUCGUCUGACAGAUUAACACGGGUACAACUAACAAAUAAACAGAAAUAA